AUGCACCUGUGCUAUAGCUCCGUCCAAGCUGCCCUCGCCCCGGUCGUCCGUGUGUACGUUGUCACCUCGUGCCGUAACAGUAGCGCGGUGUGUCUCACUGUUCUCGUCGGCGCGGUCUCUCUGAAGGGCCGCCUCAAAAGCCUUUCCGUGUUCCGCGGGACUCGGACCGCUCCCUCCCCUCCCCCCCCAGCCCCCUCACCACCGGCUCCGCGCGACGCCGACACAAUUAAACCGAUGAAUUUCAAUCCUUCCUACUUAUAA